AUUUUGUCUCUGUGCUUUCAGGUUUUGCUAUGCCGCAGUGUUUGUACUGACUCUGCUGUCUUGUAGGAGUGAUGGGGAACUAGAGCCCAUGACAGUUCAGUGGAGCCCUUGGCACUUUUGAUAUCUUGACAUCUUCAGUCCUGUAAGAGCAGCCCAGUCCCAGGAUAAGGACAGCAGCAGGUGGUAGAAUGCGGAAACCAGGCCCUCAGAAAGCCAUAGACUGGAAAGAUGGUAAAAAGCACAAGUACAGCCGCCCGUCAGAGUCUCCCUCCCAGUACCAAGGUCACUUCACAUGGGAGAAGUACCUGAAAGAAACAUGUGCCAUCCCAGCUCCUGCCCAUUGCUUCAAGCAGUCCUACACUCCACCUGCAAACGAGUUCAAGAUCAGUAUGAAGCUGGAGGCCCAGGACCCCAGGAACACCACGUCCACGUGCAUCGCCACCGUGGUGGGGCUGACGGGCUUCCGCCUCAAUGCCUCCUCCUGGCCCAUGUUCCUUCUGAAGACUCUGAAUGGAGCAGAGAUGGCUCCUGUCCGGAUUUUUCACAAGGAACCACCAUCUCCUUCCCAAAACUUCUUCAAGACAGGUAUGAAGCUGGAGGCAGUGGACAGGAAGAACCCUCACUUCAUCUGCCCGGCCACCAUUGGGGAGGUGAGAGGUUCUGAGGUCCUGAUAACAUUUGAUGGCUGGAGAGGUGCCUUCGAUUACUGGUGCCGAUAUGAUUCCCGGGACAUCUUUCCCGUAGGCUGGUGUUCGCUGACUGGAGAUAAUCUGCAGCCCCCUGGUACAAAAGUUGUGAUUCCAAAGAGCCCUUUACCUGCCUCCGAAGUAAACUCGGAGAAACCUAGCAUGCACAGUAGCACAAAGACUGGUUUGGGGCAUCAACAAGGGCAAAGGCGUCGCAAAACAGGGAAGAAGCGUGGUCGAACGACCAAAACACUAAUCCACCACCCCAUGCCUACACCCUCCAAGUCAGUGGAGCCUUUGAAAUUCCCCAGAAAGAGAGGCCCCAAGCCUGGCAGUAAGAGGAAACCUAGGACAUUGCUGAACCCAGCACCCACCUCUCCAACAACCAGUACCCCAGAGCCAGACACAAGCACUGUGCCCCAGGACGCUGCUACAAUCCCCAGCUCUGCCAUGCAGGCUCCCACAGUUUGCAUUUACUUGAACAAGAACGGCAGCACUGGGCCCCACCUAGACAAGAAGAAAGUUCAGCAGCUGCCAGACCAUUUUGGACCAGCUCGAGCUUCUGUUGUCCUGCAGCAAGCAGUACAGGCCUGCAUUGAUUGUGCUUAUCAUCAGAAAACAGUCUUCUCCUUCUUAAAACAAGGCCACGGGGGAGAGGUGAUCUCAGCUGUGUUUGAUCGGGAACAGCACACUCUGAACCUGCCAGCAGUUAACAGUAUCACCUACGUCCUCCGCUUCCUGGAGAAGCUGUGCCACAAUCUGCGCAGUGACAACCUCUUUGGGAACCAGCCUUUCACUCAGCACAGCCACAUGCAGCGCUCUCACCAGUACGACCACGACAGGUAUCUACCAGACAGAAGCAGUUCCUUAGACGGCUCUCUGCAGGGACCAGGCCGGGGUACAAAGCGCUUUUCCCAAGACCCCCCUCCAUACAGUGCUCCUCUCUCCCCCAAGGUACCAAAGAAUGACCGUCACCCUUUGGAAGGUGAAACCUUUGUCCUGGCAGAUGGCCUCCCAGGGCCCUUAGAGCCUCGCCUGGACCCCAUGGACUCUGCCUUGAACUCUGUCAGUUCAUCCAGCCACAGCAGGAGCUCCAGAGACUUUCGCCUGCCGGGAUACAGGCACCUGCAGCAGCCCUGCAGCCUCAGCCAGGGCAGCAGCUCUGCCCUGCGCAGGCUGAGCUCUGGGGGCUCGGACAGGUACCCGGGCUCCAGGGACAGCUCCAGGGACAGCUCCCGGCUCAGCAGCCGCAACCCCUCGGCCUGGACGGUGGAGGAGGUGAUGCAGUUCAUCCGCGAGGCCGACCCGCAGCUGGGCCCCCACGCUGACCUCUUCCGAAAACACGAGAUCGACGGGAAGGCCCUGCUGCUGCUGCGCAGUGACAUGAUGAUGAAAUACAUGGGGCUGAAGCUGGGGCCUGCCCUGAAGCUCACCUACCACAUCGACAAGCUAAAGCAAGGCAAGUUCUGAGAGGACUCCUGGCAGGAUGGACCCUGGAAGCUCCGCUCCCGGCCGCCCCACCCGCGCUCACCUGCCACAGGUUCGCAUGCACACACCCCUUCCGC